AUGGAGGUCGGCCUCUCUCAUACUGACGCCUUUGUCAAGCUUGCUCUCCUCGAUGGCGGCAGCUUUCUAGGAGAUCUGAGCCGCUUGCAUGCUGGUGAGAGUGGCACAUUUCGCAUGUACAACUGGGCGUUUUACAUCGCGCACCAGGGAAGACACAUACUUUGGGAUCUUGGGCUGGAUGAGGACCGAAGUUGUUAUACCCCUUGGGUUAACAAGUUCAUGUUGGAUAUCGUCAAUCACGUCGGACCACGGAGAACUAUCGUUCAGCAGUUGGCGCAAAGAGGCGUGGCUGCGGAAGAUGUCGAUACUGUCUUGUUCAGUCACGCUCAUUGGGAUCAUUCGAGGCCUAUCAGCGAUUUAUUUCCAAAUGCGAUGGCGUACUUUGGUCCCGGUACGAGAGUAGCAUGUCAGCCAGGGCAUAUGAGAGAUCCAAGCCUACAGUGGGACGGCCGCUUCUUUGAUCCGGAGAACUCGACAGAAAAGUGGGAUGAGUUACAUGGCGUGUGGAAGCCCUUUGGCCCGUUCGAAAGAGCACUGGACUACUUCGGAGACGGCAGUUUCUGGAUCCUCGAUGCACCCGGCCAUAUGCCUGGUAACUUGGCUGCUGCUGCAAGGCUGCAAGAUGGCGAGUGGGUAAUACUUGGCAGCGAUUACCUGUCUUCGGCGAAAGAAACCAUCGCUAAGAUAGGACUGCUGGAAACCAAGUUUGGUGCUCAUACAGCGCUCGCACACGAUGCUAGCUGGCUGAAGAAGGGCACAGACCAGGUGCUCAUGUCACUGCUGGACGACGAGAUGCGAGUUGCAGCCCAGGAAAAGAUACCGUAUGAUGAGAUACCGUAG